AUGAACAAUAGUAAGUUCAGCCUAAUUGCAUUAUCAAAUAUAGAGUCUCAUCUUUUAAAAGAUCCAUGUUCAAACAAGAUUAAUAAAGAAGAUUUUACUUUAAUAUGGCUCGAUCAAACAUUAGACAAAGACAUAAACGAUUCGAGAGACACAUCAAAGCUUCGACAAGCUGUUGAUGAUUUGAACACCUAUGUCGAUUUAAAUGAAUGUGAAAAUUACAUUCGAUCACAUCAAAAUGAAAACAUCAUUUUCGUUGUAUCUGGCACAUAUGGACAACACAUUGUGCCAAAUAUUCAUGAUUUGAUACAAAUAAAACGUAUUUAUGUAUUUUGUCUCAAUGAAGCCAAUCAUAUUGAAUGGAUAAAAAAAUAUUACAAAGUAAACAACAAUACCUUUACACAAACUGAAAAACUUCUCGAAGCACUCAAACCUUACAUUCGUCAAUAUCAACAAACUUUAUUGAUUCAAAAAUCAAUAGUUGAUGUUGAGAACAAGACAACUGACUUCAAAUGGGCCCGAUUUCUAACUGAUACAUUAAUUCAAUCACCUCCAGAAUCAAAAGCAAAAGUUGAAAUGAUUGAGACAUUGAGAAAACAAUACCAUGAUAAUUCAUUUCAGCUAAACUUUAUUGACGAAUUCGAUAAAAACGAAAACGAUGAAAGUGCAGUGACAUGGUAUACAAAAGAAGGAUGUAUUUAUAAAAUCGUAAAUCGCAUAUUUCGUGAAGAACAGAUAGACGAAAUAUUUAAUUAUCGCGCAUUUAUAAAAGAAUUAGCCGAACAAUUAAAUCAACUUUACAUAGAUCAAAUAGAGGAAUAUCGCGAAUGGGGUAUAUCUAAAAUUACAGUCUAUCGGGGUGCAGGUGUACCACAUCAUGAUAUGAAAGUCUUAAAAUCAAAUACGGGUCAACUCAUUUCGUUCAACGGAUUUUUGUCCACAAGUCCAGCGGAACAACUUGCAUUAAGCUUUGCACAUGCACAGUUUGGAAGCAGUGAUCUAACACCUGUUCUAUUCGCAUACGAAAUCGACAUAAACCUUGAUACAACAGCCUUUGCUGAGAUAACACAGAUAAGUGCAAUGAAAAGAGAAAGAGAAGUUCUUUUUAAUCCUGGUGCAAUAUUCAAAAUUGAACAAGUCCAAUAUACGGAUGGAGACAUAAUGUGGCGAGUGGAUUUAUCAUUAUGUGAAAGAGAUUUUAUGGUUGGACAGCACUAUAUAGAAAUAUCGAUGUUAGAAAGAACUUCUAUGAAUAAUUUACUUCUCUUUGCACUGUUGCUAAUAGAAGCAGGAUACAACAACAAAGCGGAAAUAUUUAUUGAAAAACAUUUUAAUGAAUAUAAAGAUCGAGCUGAAGAAGCCACAGAAUCAAGUUCGACCAGGUUAUCGAUAUUGGGAAUUCUUCUACUUAAAAAGGGAGACUACAUGGGUGCGCUAGAGAAUUCCAAAAAGGCACUUGAAAUCAAUAAGCAAACUCUACCUGAAAACCAUCCAUUUAUUGCAACAAACUACAAUAAUAUAGGAGGAAUAUAUAAAGACAAAGGUGACUAUAAUAAUGCACUUGACUAUUACAAAAAGGCACUUGAUAUUGAGAAACAAAUUCUACCUGAAAAACAUUUACAUAUUGGAAUAAGCUACAAUAAUAUUGGGUCGGUAUAUCAAGACAAAGGUGAUUAUGAUAAUGCACUUGACUGUUACAAAAAAACACUUGAUAUUUGGAAACAAACUCUACCUGAAAAGCAUCCAUAUAUUGCAACAAGUUACAAUAAUAUUGGAUCAGUAUAUCAAAACAAAGGUGAUUAUGAUAGUGCACUUGACUAUUUACAAAAAGCACUUAAUAUUUGGAAACAAACUCUACCUGAACAGCAUCCAAAUAUUGCAACAAGCUACAACAAUAUUGGAGCAAUUUAUAAAGACAAAGAUGACUAUGAUAAUGCACUUGAGUAUUACCAAAAGGCACUUGAUAUUUUGAAACAAACUUUACCCGAAAAACAUCCACAUAUUGCAUCAAACUACAAUAAUAUUGGAGCAAUAUAUAGAGACAAGGGCGAUUACCAUACUGCACUUGAUUAUUUCAAAAAGGCACUUGAUAUUUGGAAACAAACUCUAUCUGAAAAUCAUCCAGAUAUUGCAACAAGUUACAAUAAUAUUGGAUCAGUAUAUCAAGACGAAGGUGAUUAUGAUAAUGCACUUGAUUAUUUCAAAAAAGCACUUGAUAUUUUGAAACAAACUCUACCUGAAAAACAUCCACAUAUUGCAACAAGCUACAAUAAUAUUGGAGGAAUAUAUAGACACAAAGGUGACUAUGAUACUGUGCUUGACUAUUACAAAAAAGCGCUUGAUAUUAGGCAACAAAUUCUACCAGAAAAGCAUCAAGAUAUUGCAACAAGCUACAAUAAUAUUGGAUCAGUAUAUCAAAACAAAGGUGACUAUGAUAAUGCACUUGGCUAUUUACAAAAUGCACUUGUUAUUAGGCAACAAAUUCUCUCUGAAAAGCAUCCAGAUAUUGGAUCAAGCUACAAUAAUAUUGGAUUAGUACAUAAAGACAAAGGUGACUAUAAUAGUGCACUUGAGUAUUUACAAAAGGCACUUGAUAUAUUUAAACAAACCCUACAUGAAAAGCAUCAAGAUAUUGCAACAAACUAUAACAAUAUUGGAUUAGUAUAUAAAGAAAAAGGUAAUUAUGAUGAUGCACUAGAAUAUUUGCAAAAGGCACUUGAUAUUUGGAAACAAACUCCAUCUGGAAAGCAUCCAGAUAUUGCAUCAAGCUACAAUAAUAUUGGAUUAGUACAUAAAGACAAAGGUGACUAUGAUAAUGCACUUCACUAUUUAGAAAAGGCACUUGGUAUUUGGAAACAAACUCUAACUAAAAAGCAUCCAUAUAUUGCAACAAGUUACAAUAAUAUUGGAUCAGUAUAUCAAAACAAAGGUGAUUAUGAUAGUGCACUUGACUAUUUACAAAAAGCACUUCAUAUUUGGAAAGAAAUACUACCUGAAAAGCAUCCAAAUAUUGCCAUAAGCUACAAUAAUAUUGGAGGAAUAUAUCAAGACAAAGGUGAUUAUGAUAAUGCACUUGAUUAUUUCAAAAAGGCAGUUGAUAUUUUGAGACUAAUUCUACCUGAAAAACAUUCAUAUAUUGCAACAAGCUACAAUAAUAUUGGAUUAGUAUAUAAAGAAAAAGGUAAUUAUGAUGAUGCACUUGACUAUUUACAAAAGGCACUUGAUAUUUGGAAACAAACUCUACCUGAAAAGCAUCCACAUAUUGCAUCAAACUACAAUAAUAUUGGAUCAGUAUAUCAAGAGAAAGGUGAUUAUGAUAAUGCACUUGAUUAUUUCAAAAAGGCACUUUAUAUAUUUGAAGAAACUCUACAUGAAAAGCAUCCAGAUAUUGCAUCAAAGUACAGCAAUAUUGGGAAUGUUUAUUGUGAGAAAGGUGACUAUCAUAAUGGAAUACUUUAUUACAGAAAAGCACUGGUUAUCUGGAAAGAAACAGCGCCCGAAAAUCUCUGGGACAUCGUGUCGCUUUGCUAUUCUGUUGGAGAGACUUACGUUCAGCAAUGUAAAUAUGACUGUGCACUUUUACAUUGGGGUGCAGCAAUCAGUAUUUUGAAAGAACUGAUCCCUGAAGAUCAUCCGAUCAUGGUAUUUAGUUACCUUUGUAUUGCAAAAAUUGUGUAUUCCCGAUCAAGUCGAGACGUAUGA